CAGUCUAUUAGUUAUAUAUGUCUAUGGUUCUUGCAUACGUAAUGCGGCUUGAAAUGUGUUCACAACGCGUCGUUAUGUCAAUUUGUUAAUACGUAUUUCUCCAUGGUUAACUAAAUAUGCUUCUAACGAUGAACCUACAUGAAAUGCCAAAUAAAAGUGAAGCAGAAUUAACUGAAGAAGAGAAAUGGAGGAGAGAACAUAUAAGGAUGCAUGAAAAACACCGAGGGCAUGAAUCUAUGCAUGCAGAAAUGAUGCUUACGUUACUGGUGACAUUAGCAAUAGUGCAGCUUCUAUUAGUUGUGUGGAAGAAAAGACAUUUUAAGUCAUAUCAGUUUGUGACAUUAAUAGCCAUGUGGAUUAUUCCAUUUGGAAUAAGUUUAAAGAAUUAUUGGUUGAGAUUUAUAUUUUUGUGGCUUUUAAUUUCUUGUACAACAUGUCUAGUAGUAAAAAAAGCAACCGAGGAACCAGUAAAGGGUACAACACCAAGGCUAGUGUACAAGUGGUUUUAUUUGAUUUAUAAGAUUAGUUAUGCAUUAGGUAUUAUUGGUUACAUGUUAACCCUAUUUACAUUGUUUGGUGUAAAUCUUUUAUUUAAUGUUAAACCUCAUGUCUACUUGGAUUGGGGCAUUUUGUUUUUAUUUUAUGGCCUUUACUUUGGAGUACUAGGAAGAGAUGUUGCUGAAAUAUGUGCUGACUCAAUGGCGUCACAUAUUGGGUAUUAUACUCCAGAUAGUAUGCCAACCAGGGCUCUGGAACCAAAUGUUUGCGCAGUAUGCGGAAAUAAAAUUUUGGUCUCUGAGCACGAGGAAGGUGUGAUUGAGAAUACAUAUAAACUUAACUGUGAACAUGUUUUUCAUGAAUUUUGCAUCAGAGGCUGGUGCAUCGUGGGCAAGAAACAAACUUGUCCCUAUUGUAAAGAGAAAGUUGACUUGAAGAAGAUGUUUCGUAACCCAUGGCAACGACCCCACAUGUUAUACAGUUAUUUGCUAGACUGGUUAAGGUGGCUCGUUGCUUGGCAACCUUUAAUCUUGUGUCUUGUUCAAGGUAUUAAUUGGGCUCUGGGCCUUGAGUAAGUAACAAUGUUGGUGAAGAACCAACUGUUCUUACACACAUCGUUGUAGCGUUAUCUCGCAACAUCAGAGAAUUAUUAACUUAUUCGUCUGAUCAUCACCGUGUCUGUAUUUUUAUACAUGCAGAUUGGUACAAUUAUUUUUGUUAUAAAAAAAGAAGUAUUAGUUAGGAGAUACAAUGCCAGUACCAACUAAUAAUCCUGCUCGUGUCUAGUUAAAUUAUGUUAAUGAUAAUAUUGUAUUAAUUUAUAUAUAUAUAUAUAUAUUAUAUAUAUAUAUAUAUAUAUAUAUAUAUAU